GCGAGGAAAUUUUACUCUGCACCCACCAUUUUCAUUCUGGUAUCCUCUUCCAUCAAACACAGUUUUUGCCCCAAAACUGAAAGAAAACCAGAUUUUUCACUCCACACACACACACCACUCACGCAUCAGAGAAAGAGAAAGAGAAAGACUCGAUCCUGAACCUACAAAUAAUUUUCUUCCCUUUGCGCCAAUCAACGACCCCACAAUCCAAAAUUUUCCUCUCAAUUUCCCUCUCUUUCUCUCUCUUAAACCCUUCUCUUCCUUCCUCCUUGUUACCAUGCCAGCUUCCCCUUCAGAAAACCGAACCAAAUGGAGGAAGCGGAAGCGGGACUCCCAAAUCAGCCGCCGGAAGCACCACGAGGACGACGACGACGACGACGAGGAAAACCCCAACGCGGCGGAGGACGACCACCACGACUACGACGACUCCGAGGACCACAACCACAACCACAACCACCCUAAUUCCCAACCGCACCACCACGAGAUGGAGGUUCUGUCAGAUCACCCGGUCCAGAUUUCGGUGUUCCCGUUGGUGGUGAAGCGCACCGUCAACCGCCCUCACUCCUCCGUCGCCGCAAUCGUGGCUCUUGAACGAGCUAUUGAGUUGGGAGAUAGUGGCAGCAACAGCAACAAGGGUCAGGUGCAGAACCCUACUCCGUUGCUGGAGAAUGUGUCAUACGGCCAGCUUCAGGCGCUCUCCGCCGUGCCCUCUGAUAGCUCCGCUUUCGAUCAGGACCGCGGUGAUUCCUCUUGUGUCAUCACUCCACCCCCUAUUUUGGAAGGCCGUGGCGUUUCUAAGCGCUUUGGAAACAAGGCUCUUGUGCUCCCAAUGCAUUCAGAUUGGUUUUCACCGGCCACCGUGCAUAGGCUAGAGAGACAGGCGGUGCCCCAUUUCUUUUCUGGGAAAUCGGCGGAUCAUACGCCAGAGAAGUACAUGGAAUGUAGGAAUUGCAUUGUUGCACUGUACAUGGAGGAUCUGGGGAAGAGGAUUACUGUCGCUGACUGCCAAGGAUUGGUGGUUGGGGUUGAUCAAGAAGAUCUGGCUAGAAUUGUCCGGUUUCUUGAUCACUGGGGAAUUAUCAAUUACUGUGCUCGGACGCCUGAGCUUCCGAAUGCUGUGUCCAGCCUGAAGGAAGACACGGGUGGAGAGGUCCGUGUGCCGUCUGAGGCUUUGAAAUCCAUUGAUAGUUUGAUCAAAUUUGACAAUCCGAAGUGUAAGCUCAAAGCAGAUGAAAUUUAUUCAUCAUUGACAAUGCAUAAUGCUGAUUCCCCUGAUCUUGACGACAGAAUAAGAGAGCAUUUGUCUGAAAAUCAUUGCAAUUAUUGCUCUCGUCCUCUUCCUGUAGUAUACUAUCAGUCUCAAAAAGAGGUUGAUAUUUUACUCUGCACUGAUUGCUUUCAUGAUGGGAGAUUUGUCAUUGGUCAUUCAAGUAUAGAUUUUAUGAGGGUGGAUUCAACAAGAGAUUAUGGUGAACUAGAUUGGGAAAGUUGGACUGAUCAAGAAACUUUGUUGCUGCUUGAAGCAAUGGAGAUUUACAAUGAGAAUUGGAAUGAAAUUGCGGAGCAUGUUGGUACCAAGUCAAAAGCACAAUGCAUUCUUCAUUUUCUUCGUCUACCCAUGGAGGAUGGAAAAUUGGAAAAUAUCAAUGUUCCAAGCAUGUCUUUAUCAUCCAGUGUCAUGAAUAGAGAUGAUAAUGGAAGAUUGCAUCAUCAUUUAAAUGGGGAUUCUGCUGGACCCAUCCAUCAAAGCCGAGAGUCUGACAGCCGUCUGCCUUUUGCAAAUUCUGGAAAUCCUGUUAUGGCUCUGGUUUCCUUUUUAGCCUCUGCCGUUGGACCAAGAGUAGCUGCGUCUUGUGCUCAUGCAGCAUUAGCAGUAUUGUCAGAGGAUGGUUCUGGCAGUACAUCACAGACAGAAGCACCAGGACACGAUAAUAGGACAAAUGCAGAAAGCGUUCAUGCUAGAGAUGGUGGCCCUCAUGGAGAAACUGCAAAUUCAAUUAAUCAUAAUGAGGAUAAGGCAAAAAUGCGUAGUACACGGGGUCAAAGUGAAGGUCGGACAACCCCACUCUCUGCUGAGAAAGUUAAAGAUGCAGCUAAAGCAGGCCUCUCUGCGGCAGCAAUGAAAGCUAAAUUGUUUGCUGAUCACGAAGAACGUGAAAUUCAGAGGUUAUGCGCCAAUAUAGUUAAUCAUCAGUUGAAAAGACUGGAAUUGAAGCUGAAACAGUUUGCAGAAAUUGAAACAUUACUGAUGAAAGAAUGUGAACAAGUAGAAAGGGCAAAGCAGAGGUUUGGUGCUGAACGGUCUCGCAUUAUAUCGGCACAUUUUGGAACUGCAGGAGCCACACCUCCAAUGAAUGCAUCAGGUGUUGGUCCUUCAGUGGCUAGUAAUAAUGGCAACAAUAGGCAACAAAUUGCUUCUCCCUCACAGCCCAGCAUCUCAGGGUAUGGCAACAGCCAACCGGUUCAUCCACAUAUGUCCUUUGCCCCGCGACCUUCAAUGUUUGGGUUGGGGCAAAGAUUGCCCCUGUCUAUGAUACAACAAUCACAAUCAGCAGCUUCUUCAACUGGCAUGUUCAAUGCUCCUAGUAAUGUGCAAUCGAGUACCAAUCACCCAUUGUUGAGGCCUGUGUCAGGAACUAACUCAGGUUUAGGUUAAUUAGAAGAGUAGAUGUAAGUUUUGAAACUUCAAUUGUGCAAUUUAAUUUGGUCAUUGAUUUCAGAAGUGAAGAGGAAAUUAGGUGGAUGUGUCAAGAAAGUUACUUAGAGAGCCUGUAAUUUGUUGCAGUUGAUUGUUUCUGUUUCUUAAAAGAAAAUAAGUAGAAUUUAAUGUUCCAUAGUUCUAUUCUUUCCUGUGAAGUUUAGGUACCAUGAAAGUUUAUUGAUUUAGCUUUUCAGUGACA